AUAUAACAAUUGCGCCACCAACUAAAAAACCUCGCUGCUUUCAUCAUUCUCUGUCGGACAAUCGAAUUCUACAUAGAGAAGCAAAAAAACAAAUGAUUCACAGUUUCACCAGAGGGAGAGAAACCAAACCAAACCAUUAAGAAAUGGCGGGUUCCAGGGUUUUGUGAACAGGAACUCAUCCUCCAUGGAAAUGCCCGCCAGAAGAUCCAACUACUCACUUCUCAACCAAACUCCCGACGACCAGUUCGUAGCAGAAGCUUUGCAUCUGUCGUUCGACUCCUCCUCCGGCGACAGCAAGAACAACAAGGGAAAGUUUGACAGAGUCUUUGACUGGGACUCCGUCGUCGAUCACAGGCUCGCUCAGCAAGGGAAUCGGAUCGUGAAUUUGUACUCUUCGAUCGGGUUGCAGAGGCAAUCCAGUGAAAACAGUUUCGGCGAGAGCUCGCUGUCCGGCGAGUUCUAUGCGCCGACGCUGUCAACCGUCGCGGCCAAUGAGAUCGACGCCUUCGGCUACGCGCUCCAAGAUGGAUUCAAAGUCGGCGUCAGUGGUGGCGAGGUCAAAGCCAAGUUUCCGGACACUGCGACGGCGAGGAGUGGAGGGUCUUACGGUAAGAGUUGGGCGCAACAAACGGAGGAGAGUUACCAGUUACAGCUGGCAUUGGCUCUUAGGCUUUCUUCGGAGGCCACGUGUGCUGAUGAUCCCAAUUUUCUGGAUCCUAUGCCUGAUGAAUCCGUCUUGAGGUCCUCGUCGUCGUGUUUUGCAGAGGCAGUGUCGCAUAAAUUUUGGGUGAAUGGCUGCCUAUUAUAUUUUGACAAAAUUCCUGAUGGAUUUUAUCUAAUUCACGGGAUGGAUCCCUAUAUAUGGACUGUGUGCACUGAUUUGCUGGAAAAUGGACGAAUUCCUUCAAUUGAGGCGCUAAAGUCUAUAUAUCCCUGUUCUGAUUCUUCACUUGAAGUAGUUUUGGUGGACAGACGUGGUGAUCCUAACUUAAAAGAACUGGAAAACAGGGUACAUAACAUUUCUUAUAGCUGCUUUACAACAACAGAGGUUGUAGACCAACUUGCGAAGCUGGUUUCCCAUUGCAUGGGGGGUUCAACUUCUGAAUGGGAAGAGGACCUCUUUCCCAUAUGGAAGAAGUGCAUUAAAGAUCUGAGAGAUUGCUUAGGAUCUGUUGUUGUUCCGAUUGGCAGUCUAUCUACUGGACUUUGCAGGCAUCGUGCUAUAUUAUUCAAAGUACUAGCUGAUGCCAUUGAUUUACCGUGUCGAAUUGCAAAGGGCUGUAAAUAUUGUUCUAGAGAUGAUGCCUCCUCAUGUGUUGUUCGAUUUGGGCUUGACAGGGAAUACAUGAUUGAUCUUAUUGGGAAGCCAGGUUGCUUAUGCGAGCCUGAUUCCUUGCUUAAUGGUCCAUCUUCCAUUUCAUUUUCUUCACCCUUGCGCAUUCCAAGACUUAAACCAGCUGAACCUACCAUUGAUUUCAGGUCACUGGCCAAACAAUAUUUCUCGGAUUGUCUGGCUCUUGAGCUUGACUUUGAUAGUGGUUCUGCAGAACAGUUUGAAGGGAAGUAUAGGGACAGGAACCCUGGGCCAAUUCAAAAUGAUAGUGACAAAAGUUCUUUUGUUCUUCUGCAUUCGCAAGCUUAUCAUCCAAGCAUACAUGAUCAAAGCUCUGGAACAUUUAACUCGGUCAACCCUCCUUGGAACGUUGUAGAACUGACUACUACAGGCAAGGAUCCAUUGCCGUUAAAGCAUAACCAUCCUGGAUUGUUUAUUCCUAGCAAACCUAGUAAAGAGCUUGCCCUUCACAUGGAGGAUUUGGACAUACCAUGGACUGAUCUUGUUUUAAAAGAGAAAAUAGGAUCAGGUUCUUUUGGAACUGUACAUCAUGCUGAGUGGAAUGGCUCGGAGGUUGCUGUGAAGAUUUUGAUGGAACAAGACUUCAAAACUGAAAGCUUCAAGGAAUUCCUGAGGGAGGUUGUAAUAAUGAAAGGCUUGCGACAUCCAAACAUUGUUUUGUUUAUGGGUGCAGUCAUUAAGCCUCCUAAUCUAUCAAUUGUCACGGAAUAUUUGUCAAGGUUUUACAACAUCUCAUCUACCAGUUUCUUUAUGUCCCCCACAUAAGAGGGAACUCUUUUGAUGGCUACAACAUAUUUUACACUUGAGAUUUGAAGGGUUUGAUUGAACUAAGUGCAGGGGUAGCUUAUAUAGGCUGUUGCAUAAACCUGGUGCCAGAGAGAUGUUGGAUGAGAGACGUAGGCUUAGUAUGGCUUAUGAUGUGGCUAAGGGGAUGAAUUAUCUUCAUAAACGCAAUCCUCCUAUUGUUCAUAGAGAUCUGAAAUCUCCAAACCUUCUUGUUGACAAGAAAUAUACAGUGAAGGUUGGUGAUUUUGGGCUUUCCCGACUAAAGGCAAAUACAUUUCUCUCAUCCAAGUCUGCUGCUGGGACUCCUGAGUGGAUGGCUCCAGAAGUUCUUCGUAAUGAGCCAUCCAAUGAGAAGUCAGAUGUGUACAGCUUUGGUGUCAUCUUGUGGGAGCUUGCAACAUUGCAACAGCCAUGGAGUAAUUUGAAUCCAGCACAGGUCGUGGCAGCUGUUGGCUUUAAGGGAAAAAGACUUGAGAUACCACGUGAUUUAAAUCCUCAAUUAGCCUCAAUAAUUGAGGCUUGCUGGGCCAAUGAACCCUGGAAACGCCCUUCUUUUUCAAGUAUUAUGGAUUCUUUGAAAGUAUUGUUCAAACCCCCUACACCUCAACCUAGUCAUCCAAACAUGCCAUUACUUACCUGAGUGGUGUGGAAUCGUAGUUAUUCAUGCACAUACUACAGGAUUUAUUAGUUUUAAUAUCUAACAGGAAUACAUUGUUUCAAUAGUCCCAGUUGCAGAGGCACAGUUGUACAUUUUUGUUAUAAUUUGGAUUAAGAAUACUAUUUUCAACGCAAAGCCAGGAUACUCCAUCUUUAUUCCAACAAAAUAUUGUGUGAUUAGGCGAUCCAAUAAUUUUGUGAAGAAAUGUAUAAUUUUUUUUUUCACCCAUAAUUUUGUAUGUAAAAUUAUUCUCAUUGUAAUAUAUUCAGUUAAUGAUAAGCAGCUCUUUAAC